AUGCCGGUGUCGGAACUUAGAAAUAGUAAAAAUACAAGGCUUGUGCUGAUCUUGGUCAUAUCACUAGUUUCUGGACUGCUUAUUCUUGGCUUCUUGAUAUGGUGUCUUACCCAGAAUAGCAAAAGGAAAAGAGGAGUUGAGACCAACGAUGAAGAUAUAGAGAUACCCAUGUUUAAUCUGAUUACAAUUACUACUGCAACUGAGAACUUCUCUCUGACAAAUAUAAUUGGAGAAGGUGGUUUCGGAAUAGUGUACAAGGGUACAUUAUCAACAGGCCUAGAAGUUGCAGUGAAGAGACUUUCGAAGAAUUCUGGACAAGAGAUUGUGAGUGGCAGAAAGAAUCGGACAUUUCACCAUCCUGACCAUCAUCAUAAUCUAGCAGGUCAUGCAUGGUUAUUGUGGAAUGAAGGCAGGGCAACGGAACUAAUGGACGACAUUUAUGAGCAAUCUUUCGUUGAAUCUGAAGUACUAAAAUGUAUUCACAUAGGUCUAUUGUGUGUCCAAAAACUACCAGAAGACAGGCCAACAAUGGCAUCUGUUGUUGUCAUGUUAAGCAACGAGGGUGUGACAUUGCCACAGCCUGAGGAGCCUGGAUUUUUCAUGGAGAGAAGUUGCACAGGAACAGAUAUGUCAAAAAGUGAAGAAAGAUAUCUCACCCAUAAUGUGGUGACAGUAACUACGCUAGAAGCAAGAUAA